AUGGACGUUAUCACGAAGAAGCUUGAGAAUACCGGUCUCAAGCUGGGCCCCUUGGUCGUCUGGGUAGACAACGAAGCUACUGUUUCGAAGCUCGUUGACGCUCUCUAUGGGCUCAAGAAAGGCCCAGCCUCGAUAUAUAUCGAUCUCGAGGGUGUCAACCUCUCCCGUCAUGGAACGAUUUCUAUCAUGCAAAUCUACGAUGCGGUCGACAAGUGCGUAUACCUUGUCGACAUCCAUACUUUUGGGGCCAAAUGCUUCUCCACUCCGGGCAAAGACGGUCGCACCUUGAAGCAUGUCCUCGAGGAUGACAACAUCGUCAAAGUCUUCUUUGACGUUCGAAACGAUUCGGAUGCCUUAUACGCGCAUUACAACAUCGAGCUCGCUGGCAUCCACGACCUUCAGCUCAUGGAGGUUGCUACGCGAAACUAUAACAGGAGACUUCUCAAUGGCCUUGCCAAGUGCAUCGAUAGAGACGCACCUCUCACCGAGCGGGAACGGGAAAACAUGCUGGACGUCAAAGCAAAGGGCCGCAAACUGUUCCUCCCUGAGCAAGGCGGAUCUUACGAAAUCUUCAACCAGCGUCCCCUUCCUGACUCACUCAAGUUGUACUGCGUUCACGAUGUCCAGGUCCUUCCAAGGCUCUACGACCACUAUGAUAAGAAGAUGAGCGAGGCGUGGCGACGAAAGGUCCUUGAUGUCUCGGUGGAAAGAGUAACCAUGUCGCACAGAGCCGAUUACGUUACAUCUGGACGUUUUAUGGCUUUUGCACCUGCAAGCUGGUUAUAUGGGAAGGAGGUUUAA